UGAGUGGAGGACAGUUCGGAGCAGGGGAGCGAGGAACAGCGGAGAGCCAGGAUGCUCAACAACCUGACCGAGUGUGAGGAGGGAGAGGGGGGAGCGAACAGCCAAGGAGAUGGUAACCCCAAGGAGAGCAGUCCUUUCAUCAACAGCAGCGAUCCAGAAAAGAGCCAGCAAUAUGACGGCAAAAACAUGGCCCUGUUUGAGGAGGAGAUGGACACUAGCCCGAUGGUAUCAUCUCUGCUCAGUAGCCUCGCCAACUACUCCAACCUGCCUCAGGGCAGCAAGGAACACGAGGAGGCCGAGAACAACGAGGGCGCACGCAAGAAACCUGUGCAGGCUCCGCGGAUGGGCACGCUGAUGGGAGUGUAUCUCCCUUGUAUGCAGAACAUUCUGGGCGUGAUUCUGUUUCUGAGGAUGACCUGGAUGGUGGGCAUUGGUGGAGUCAUUGAGGCUUUCAUCAUCGUUCUCAUGUGCUGCUCCACGACAAUGUUGACUGCAAUCUCGAUGAGUGCCAUUGCCACCAACGGAGUAGUGCCAGCUGGAGGCUCCUACUACAUGAUCUCUCGCUCGCUCGGCCCUGAGUUCGGUGGGGCUGUGGGGAUUUGUUUUUACUUGGGAACCACCUUCGCUGGGGCCAUGUACAUCCUGGGCUGUAUCGAAAUCUUACUGAUCUAUAUCGCGCCACAGGCGGCCAUCUUCAAGAUGGAGGGUUUAGAGGGUCCGGAAGCAGAGGCGGCCAUGCUGAAUAACAUGCGUGUGUAUGGCUCCCUGGUGUUGACCUUCAUGGCGAUAGUGGUGUUCGUGGGAGUGAAGUAUGUCAACAAGCUGGCGCUGGUGUUUCUGGCCUGCGUUAUCUCUUCUAUUCUGGCUGUCUACGCUGGUGUCAUCAAGACCGCCAUUGAGCCGCCUGUGUUCCCAGUAUGCGUGCUGGGGAACCGGACUCUGAUAUGGAAGGGCUUUGACGUGUGCGCCAAGGUGAUGGAAAGGGAGAACGCCACGGUCACCACCAAACUCUGGAGACUCUUCUGCGAUUCAGAGUUCCUCAACGCCACCUGUGACACCUACUUCGCCAAUAACAAUGUGACAGAGAUACAGGGCAUCCCUGGCGUCACCAGCGGCAUUCUGAAAGAGAACCUGUUUGGGAAUUAUUUGGAGAAGGGGGUGAUUCUGCAAAAGAAGGGUCUUCCCUCCUUUGAUGAGCCAGAUGCCCUGCCCACUAACACAAACCGCUAUGUGCUGGCUGACAUCACCACCUUCUUCACACUCCUGGUUGGGAUUUAUUUCCCUUCUGUCACAGGUAUAAUGGCCGGCUCUAACCGCUCUGGUGAUCUGCGUGAUGCUCAGAAAUCGAUUCCAAUUGGCACCAUCUUGGCCAUCAGCACCACCUCCUUCAUCUACAUGUCCAGUGUGGUGCUGUUUGGUUCCUGCAUUGAGGGAUCAGUGCUGAGGGAUAAGUUUGGUGAGGCUGUACGGGGGAAUCUGGUGAUAGGCACGUUAGCCUGGCCGUCUCCAUGGGUCAUCGUCUUCGGCUCCUUCUUCUCCACCUGCGGGGCCGGACUCCAGAGCUUGACGGGUGCCCCACGUCUUCUGCAGGCCAUAGCCAGAGACGGGAUAGUGCCGUUCCUCAGGGUUUUCGGCCAUGGCAAGGCAAAUGGGGAGCCCACCUGGGCUCUGCUUCUGACGGCUUUUAUCUGCGAGAGUGGAAUCCUCAUCGCCUCUCUGGACUCAGUCGCGCCCAUCCUCUCAAUGUUCUUCUUGAUGUGCUACAUGUUUGUGAACCUGGCCUGUGCCUUACAGACUCUGCUGAGGACCCCCAACUGGAGACCGCGCUUCAAGUUCUACCACUGGGCUCUGUCUUUCCUGGGCAUGAGCCUGUGUCUCUCGCUCAUGUUCAUCUGCUCCUGGUACUAUGCCAUCGUUGCCAUGGCGAUCGCCAGCUGUAUCUACAAGUAUAUCGAGUUCCAGGGGGCGGAGAAAGAGUGGGGAGAUGGGAUACGGGGGCUGUCCUUGAGCGCGGCUCGUUACGCCCUCAUGAGGCUGGAGGAGGGGCCACCUCACACCAAGAACUGGAGGCCUCAGAUUUUGGUGCUGGUCAGUGUGGAUGCAGAGCAGAAUGUUGAACAGCCUCGUCUGCUCUCUCUGACCAAUCAGCUGAAGGCAGGGAAAGGCCUGACCAUAGUGGGCACAGCGCUGGCUGGAACCUUCCUGGACAAUCACCCUCAAGCCCAACAAGCUGAACAGUCCGUGAAGAAGCUAAUGGAGACUGAGAAGGUGAAGGGCUUCUGCCAGGUGGUGAUCUCCUCAAACAUCCGUGACGGCACCUCUCACCUCGUCCAGGCCGGUGGGCUGGGCGGCCUGCAGCACAAUACUGUGCUGGUCAGCUGGCCUCGCAACUGGAAGCAGGCUGAGGACCACCAGCUCUGGAGGAACUUCAUUGAGUUGGUCAGAGAGACUACAGCUGCAAGCAAAGCCCUGCUGGUGGCCAAGAACAUCUCAGCGUUCCCAUCCAACGGCGAGCGCUUCACUGAGGGCCAUAUCGACGUGUGGUGGAUUGUCCACGAUGGCGGCAUGCUCAUGCUGCUGCCAUUCCUCCUGCGCCAGCACAAGGUGUGGAGGAAGUGCAAGAUGCGCAUCUUCACUGUGGCCCAGAUGGAUGAUAACUCUAUUCAGAUGAAGAAGGACCUGACCACCUUCCUCUACCACCUACGUUUAGAUGCCCAGGUGGAGGUGGUGGAGAUGCAAGACAGUGACAUCUCUGCCUACACGUAUGAGAAGACCCUGAUGAUGGAGCAGCGCUCUCAGAUCCUGAAGCAGAUCAACCUCACUAAGACAGAGCGCGAGCGCGAGAUCCAGAGCAUCACUGAUAGCUCCCGUGGCUCGAUCCGUCGGAAGAACCCAGCAGCGGUCACCACCCAGCUGAGUGUGACUGAGGAACCAGCUGCCAGCAGCAAAGAGGAGAAACCAGAGGAAGAGGAGCAGCUCAUCCACGACAAGAGCACCAACCCCCCCACCCCUGCCACCCCCCAGUCCCCGGCUGCCGAGGCAGAGACCCCCAGCACGGUUGUCCAGAUGACCUGGACUGAGACCAAGUGCGACGGCGAACAGGCCAAGCCUCUGGGAGUUACCACGAAUGAGGCUAUCAAAGACCUCUUCAACAUGAAGCCAGAAUGGGAGAAUCUAAACCAGUCCAACGUUAGGCGCAUGCACACUGCUCUCAGACUCAACAAUGAAAUUGUGAAGAAAUCCCAGGAGGCCAAGUUAGUCCUGCUCAACAUGCCCGGACCACCCAGAAACAGGACUGGUGAUGAGAACUACAUGGAGUUCCUUGAAGUCCUAACCGAGGGUCUCAACCGGGUCCUGCUUGUGCGUGGCGGAGGUCGUGAGGUCAUCACCAUCUACUCUUGAAAAACCAGCCUGCAUCGCUUCAUCCCAUUCCCCUACCCAACCUCAAAAUCCCACGCAAACUUUGCAUUCAUACAUCCAGCCCAAAAGACCCCCGUGCCACCCCCAAGCAAUAUCCCAGAAAUCCCUGCCCUGCCCUACCCUGCCCUUGCCCCGACCCACUCCAUACCAGAGACACAGGCCCUAUUCUGAACCCCCUCACCUUCUUCAACCAGCCCUCAGAAAGCCCCUUUUUACCAAUCCAGUACAGUUCUAUCAUUCGCAGCCCAAUGUUCCCAACAGCCUCCUCCCAUUCUAUAUUUGUUGUGAACUGGUGAUCCGCGGUUUCACCUGCUGAGUUCAGUGCCACGUUCAUUACGAGGGCAGACUAUUGAUGUCAGUAAGUAAUCUGCUGCAUUCCGGAGGUUUUCUCCAUCCCCACUUUCGUAGACUUGUCCAUCACUCUUCUCAUCCAGUCAGGACAUGUCCGAGGGUUGACGAAAUGGGAUGGGCGGGUUACGAUACGUCUGUUUUGUCUUUAGGGCUUUUUUUUAUUUUUUAGAUUUGUUUUAUCAUUUGUUUACAAACAAAAAAAGGAAACUUGCCAGGAUGACAGCUGCCAAACAAGCCAAGGAACUGCCAGACGUCACAUCACUGUGGUGGAGAGACAGAUUUUGAUGGAUGAACUGACCAAGACAGUGGCGGGACAAUUCCGCCACAGAGUGGACAGAUCUCCCAGAAGCCUCGUCUGGCUGACGGCCAUGGAGAGACGCUCUGUCUCACCGUCCAGUUAACACGCUUGGACUAAACUGCAGUGAAAACAGUUACAUUCUCCGGACUGCGCUGGGAAACUUGAGAAA